CCUAAUAGUUAGUAAAUCAUCCGUUUCUCUACGCCUCAAACCCUCUCCCCCCCAAGAAUUUAACCAUGGCCAUCCUCUCUGGUUACAUAGAAGAUGAAGACAACAAGCAAUCAUCUACUUCUUCUGCUUUGUCUUUCAAUGCAGUUCUAGACCCUUCAAAUCCUCUAGGGUUUCUCGAAUCUGCCUUCAACUUUGUGUCCGAAAACUCUGACAUGUUCAACACCGAUUCUGUGGAGAAGAAAAUAUCAUCUCUUGUGAAGAACAUCAAGGAAAGGACAAUGAAAGAAGAGGCGGCAAAGAAAGAGCACGAGACGAAGGAAAAAGAGGAGAUCAAGGAGAAGCCGAAGCCGAAGCUAAACCCAAACAAAGACAACGGUCUCGACAUGGAGAACCAUUCAUGGGGACAAAACCUGCAAGAGGUUACUGUUACAGUUCCUGUCCCUCUGGGGACCAAAUCCCGAGACGUUGUAUGCGAUGUAAAGAAGGAUUAUUUGAAGGUUGGGCUCAAGGGUCAGACCCCUAUUGUUGAUGGGCAGUUGUUCGAGACCGUGAAACCUAACGAUUCGUACUGGAGUUUGGAGGACCAAAAGGUAAUAUCUUUGCUAAUGACCAAGUGCGACAAAAUCAGUUGGUGGAAAUCGUUGUUGAAGGGAGGACCGGAGAUUGAUACUCAAAAGGCAGAACCAGGGAAGAGCAAGUUGUCUGAUUUGGACAUGGAAACGAGGUCCACUGUGGAGAAGAUGAUGUUUGACCAGAGGCAGAAGAAGUUGGGGCUUCCCACUAGUCAGGAGAUUGAGAACCAGAACAUGCUCAAGCAAUUCAUGGCUCAGAAUCCAAAUUUUGACAUCACCAAUGCUAAGAUGUUUUAGAUAUAGAUGAUUGAUUUUUAUUUACUACUAGUUUCUUAAUUAGAUUAGUUGUUUGGUCUAAGAGUUCAUAAAGAGCAAAGGUUUAGGAUCUUUAAGGUUUAAUUAGAUAGUAAACAACAGUAUCUUGUU